CAAUUUUUUUUUCCCUUCCCCACAUCAGAUGCCAUGACAGUUUUUUACUUCACUUAUUGGCGUCGAAGCAGAAAAAGCGGUUCCUUUCUCUCAGCUUAUCUGCGAGCUCCGGCUCCGGCGAAUCCUUGAUCCAAAAUCUAGCAGUUUUUCGCGGUGGUUGAUUUUGUUUAUAGAUUUGAAAGAAGAAAAGAGAUCGUUUUGAGGAUCAAAACAUGUCUGCACUCUUCAAUUUUCAUUCCUUUCUUACGGUUGUGCUAUUGGGAAUUUGUACUUGCACUUUUGUGAAGAUGCACUUUCCAGCGAUCCUAGAACAGAGAACAGGGUUUCGUGGGUUUUUCUGGAAGGCAGCCAGAAUAGGUGAGCGUUUGAGCCCCUGGGUUGCUGUAGGAUGCUUCACAAUGGGUGUGUCAAUAAUAUUUUUCUAGUAAGAAGCAUCUUAUCUGUGUAUUUGGAAGUAAGCUCCACCCUUUUCAUUCUUGUGGGUAAUUAUGCUGCCCAUUGGAACUUGAUGUCAUCAAAUCCUUUCUGCUACAAGAGAUGUAUUGGUAACCAUUGUUUCAUUGUCAUAUUAGGGACCUCUUUGGACUUUUUGAAGGCAUUUUUUGGAAAUAUGUUGUUGAUUAUGUUAUUUCUCAUACAGCCACUAGAUCUCUAGAUGCUAAAGAGUCUUCACUAGUGAGAAUUAUGUUGGAUAUGAUACUGACAAAUUGUGAUUCUGAAUUUGAUGUCAUUUAAAAAUUUUUGUUAGUA